AUGGUCCUCUUCAACACAAAUGCCAAAAGUCCCCGCGACAUGUACUAUGGACCGUUCGCAACGUAUAAAGCGGACCUCGAAUGCCGACGAGUAGAGGAGCUUGAAGGCACGUCGUCACCGCCGCGUCGGAAACGAGCGCGUACGUUAAGGAAUAGCACUCCGCCAGAGCAAGAUGACCGUCGUUCAUCGGAGCCUCCGAAAGAGUUGACGCCAGAACCCCCGGAAGGCUAUCGUUAUGAUGACCGAUUUGCUUCUAACCCAUUGGUCUCUCCAUCGACAUACGUCAAGCAGUCCGGUCGAAGACAGCGCGUGUGGUUAUUUCUGGGUCCCACAUCAACCUGGUCCUUCAGUCGUCGCGUUCUCAGUGUCAUUCAAACGCGUUUAAAUCCCAACCAUUUCGCUCCCAUCCCCACCCCAGUGGAUGGCGAUGCCUAUCAAAUCCACUGGCGCAAGGCCAGCUCGGAAGAGGCUCCCGAUAUCAGUGGGCUUCCCUCGCUAGAACAUGCACUUUACAUUCUCAACACCGUCCAGUUUCAUUUUGGUCAUCUAUAUCGGAUGUUUGACGAGACUGAGUUCUUGCGCCACCUUUACGGCUUCUACGAGAAUGCCGCGGAGAAAGUGCAAGAAAGUCGUCUUUGGUACAUCCAGUUCCUGGUCAUUUUGGCUUUUGGUGAUGCAUUCUUGGCUCCUGUGCGCAAGGCAAAUAACACGGCCAGUUGGACGAAAUUCUUCUCCCGCGCGAUGUCACUUUUGCCAGAUACUACGGGCUUGUGGCAGGAGCCUACGUUGGCGAUUGAAGUCCUUGCUUUGAUUGCACUAUAUCUUCACUCUAUUGAUAUGAGGGACAACUCAUAUUGCUACAUCGGGCAAGCAAUGCGGGUGGCACUAGUGGAAGGGUUUCAUCGCGCGCUACCAGUCGAGCAACUCGGCCAGAAAUUAGUUGACAGGUGUAGCAAUAUCUGGUGGACGGUUUACAUUUUAGACCGCAAGUUCUCGUCUCUGCAGGGUUCGCCAAACUCUGUAAACGAUGAGGAUAUUACCACGGCUCUGUAUGAUGCCCGAUUGGGUUCUGACAAGGAGGCUGCAUUGAGUCUCCAUGUGAAGAUCUCUCAGGUGAUUACUCGUGUGCUCAACACGGUGUAUAGUGCCGAUGGGAGGCUAGGCGGCAGAUUUCUCCGCAAAGUGCGGUCUGUCUUGCAUGAGAUGACCGAUCUCUCUCGGGAAUUAGAGGAGGUUUUUGCCCAUCGCUUUUCUAACUCGGUUGAUGCCCUAUCGGGAGUAACCACACGAUUGACUCUGUCUUGCCACCUGUGCAUAAUCGUCACCACCCGCCCCCUCGUACUCAGUCUUCUCUGGGAACGACUCAGCUGUUUCGAGGAGGGCGACGUGUUCCGAACACUCUCAUCCCCUGUCCGCACACUUCUCGAAGCAUGCACCGAUUCCGCCACCAAAUCAUUACGGAUCCUAUCUGCACUCCGUGAUCAGAACAUCCUCGAAACCUUCCUCCCCUUCGACCUCGAAAACCUCUUUUCCUCCUUCUUCGUCCUCUCCCUCAUAUCCGCCAUCCUCCCAGACACCCUCCCGGACCCCAACUACCGCGAAAUGGGCUUCAGCCUCCUCGAUGAGAUGAUCUCACGCGGUAACCGCGUCGCACAGAUCCGCAAGUCCGAGAUCGAGCUGCUCGAGGAACUCUUCCAGCCCAUGACACAAUCAUAUAUGCAUCGCACCCAGCCCGGGGCGAAUGCACUCGCGCAUGUCAUGGCCCCGUUAGCCCCGAGUCAGCUUCCCGAGCAGGUCAACACCCCGAUGACCGCGUUGGAUACGACAGUCCCCACUUCGGCGAUGCCGGCUGGUCAGGAGGAGGAUUUAGGGUUUGACUGGCGAGAUCUGGGUCUGUCGAUGGAUCAUAUGCUCUCGGUGACGGAUCAGUUGGAUGCAAAUAAUUUGAUCCUGGAUGCGGAGCGGGAGGGGCUGCAGGCGGAUUUAUGGUUGUGGAGUGAUAAUCCUUGA